AUGGCAAGUUGUGAAUCUGUUACUGUGCCGACUUGCCUUUUGAAUCUAGAUACCAGAGAGAAUAUUAGACCAGUUAUUAGUUGGUACAUUUCUCAACAUAAAUGCGCAAUAUUACCAUACAUCGAUAACAUCAACAUAUACGAAAAAUUCAAAAUACAGAGAGUGAUUAUUUUUGUAGCAAAUUAUCCCCAAAUAUACGACGAGAGUGUCAAAAUAGCGGAAAGUGUGUUAUAUAAAGUGGACAUGGAAAUAUCUUUUGUUAUAUGCGAAAGAGUAAUUAACAAAAAGUUUUUAAAUCGAUUACUGCCACAUAUUUGGUCGAAACAUAUAUCUAAGUUCAUCGUAGUUUUCGUUCAUAAUAAGUUACAGGUAUAUACGUAUAACCCUUUCAAAGAUAAUUCAAUUGUGAGAAUCAAACAUUUCGGAGAACGUUGUCAAAAACUUUUUGAAGAUAAAACAAAGAAUAUGUACGGAUAUCCGAUAAGAGUAUUAUUUUUCAAACGACCACCCUAUGCUUAUUUAAAUAAAUAUAACGUUUGGGCUGGUGAGGAUGUUGCCAUUUUGAAUCUAAUAUCGAAACAACAAAAUUCUACUACCACCAUUCUAAAUACAGAUGGAACUCUUACAGAAUCAGAUGUUGGAAAAUACCUAUAUUAUAAUAAAAUUGAUUUAUUCAUGGUAAGGGUAUUUGAGUGUUUCUAUUGGGAAAAUUCCUCUUCAUCUUAUCCAUAUGGUAUCGAGGAUGAAGUAGUUUUAGUACCUAAACCGAAAGGACGACCUUUAUAUCAACAAUUUUUCAAAAUAUUCUCAAAAGAAGUUAUUAUUAUCGAUAUUUUAUUGAUGUUAAUUGUAUCUUUAUUAACGUAUGCGAGGCAAACACGACAAAAUCGAAUGGAUAUUGUGAAAUAUAUUUUGAACGGUUCCUUGAUCCUGGUUAACGCACCGAUACCUGGCUUCAACAAAAUUAACGACAAAAUCAAAUAUCUCAUUAUUUUAUGGAUAUUUGGUGUGGUAGUUAUAAAUACGCAAUUUAAUUGCUCUUUAACGAGUAUGUUGGUGAUGAAUAGAACAGAAGGAACGAUAAAAACUUUAGAAGAAUUGAGAGAAAGCAACUUUAAAAUUUCUAUUAAUGAUUAUUUUCUCAAAAACGGAUAUGUGCCGGAUUCGUUAGGAUUGAAAGAUAAGUUGCUUCCUGUUAUUCAAACCGAAAUAGAAAUAUUUGAUUCAUCACGCUAUGACGAUUUGGCUUUUGUAAUUCGAAGGGACAUUGCCGAAUAUUUUAUUAAUAAUUAUAAAUUCAAUAAAGGUGAUACUAGAUAUGAUAUACUGAAAGAAUCUUUAAUUCCAGGUUAUAAUGUGUAUGUUUUUCAAAAAAACUCACCUUAUAUUAGCAAAUUUAAUAAGUAUUUGUUAAGAUUGAAACAAUUCGGAUUCAAUUUUAAAGAUAAGAAAUUUAAAAUCAAAGUUACACCCGAUAAAACAAGAAUUCUAACUUUCUCUCAUUUAAUUGGUGUACUUAUGAUUUAUACGUUUGGAAUGUGCGUGGCAUCAUUAGUAUUCCUUGGAGAACUAUUAUGGAAGAAAUAUAACAAAUAA